AUAAGAAGGGCCAGUGCAGGUGAGGUGGUUGACGAGGACGGUCGGUGUCGUUAGUGGAGAAGAGGAAGAGGAGAAAGAAGAAGAGGAGGUAGGAGUCACUAGAGAAGAGGAAGAAGAUAAGGAAGGAGUUAGGGGAAUAAUGAAGACGACAGCAAUGGUUGAGUCACCGGAAGAGGAAAUAAGCACGACAACAACGAUAAAGUUACAGGAGAAAGAGGAAAACGAGAGAGAUAAUUGGGAAAGCUACUCUGAGUUUUUCCUCUCCUGCCUCGGCUAUGCUCUAGGUUUCGGCAAUAUCUGGAGGUUCCCUUAUCUCUGUUACAAAAACGGUGGAGCGGUGUUCCUGAUCCCCUACGUCACAAUGCUCCUGGUGACCGGUAUCCCCAUGUUCUUCCUGGAGUUUGUUUUGGGUCAAUAUGUCAGCCUUAGCCCCGUCGCUCUCUUCCCCAAGCUGUCUCCUAUCUUCUCAGGUCUCGGCUGGGGUAUGGUGGUGUUGUGUACAUUGGUCGCCAUCUACUACAACGUCAUCCUCGCCUGGACUCUCUUCUACAUGUUCGCCUCCUUCAGCAGUGUUUUGCCCUGGGGAAACUGCACUAAUGACUUCAACUCCCCAAUGUGUUUCACGGAGCUUGAUGCCGCCCCCUGCAAGAACCAGUCUCUCUACUACUACAACAAGACCUGCGUCAGCGUCAGCGACUACUGCCACGUGGCCGGCCUCGUGGAGCACAACCAGACCCACUGUCAGGAUCCACUCAACACCACCACCACCAUCUUGAGUGCUAAUAGUGCCAUCAGGAAAAUAUCUGCUGCUGAAGACUAUUUACAGAACAGGGUGCUGGCAAUGACUGAGAGGAGCUGGGAGAACAUGGGAGGGUUACGCUGGGAGCUGGUGGGCUGUCUGGCACUGGCUUGGUUCAUCGUGGGCGCCUGUCUCAUCAAGGGAGUGAAGAGUACAGGAAAGGUGGUCUAUUUCACUGCCACCUUCCCGUAUGUCGUGAUGGUCAUCCUCCUCAUUCGCGGAGUCACACUGGAGGGCUACUACACCGGUAUCGAGUACUACUUCCUCAAGCCUAACAUAUCUCGCCUGAUGGAGUUAGAGGUGUGGUCUGACGCUGCCACACAGAUAUUUUACUCUAUUGGGUCUUCCUUCGGCUGUCUCAUCACUCUAGCGUCGUACAACAAGUUUAACAACAACUGCAUGAGGGACGCCAUCAUCAUCGCCUUCGCCAACUCUGCGUCGUCAGUGUUUGCUGGCUUCGUGAUCUUCAGCAUCCUCGGGUUCCUGGCCACCGAACUCGGGGUGGAAGUGAAGGAUGUGGUGAGGUCGGGGUCUGGUCUGGUCUUUGUGGCGUAUCCGGCCGCCAUCAAUCGCAUGCCCUACUCUCCUGUGUGGUCCAUCGUCUUCUUCCUUAUGCUUAUCACUGUUGGACUGGACACUCAGUUUUGUAUGGUGGAGACUCUCACUACGGGGAUCUUUGAUCAGUUCCAACACCUGAGGAAGAAGAAGCCUCUGGUGGUGACCCUAGUGUGCCUGGGAAUGUUUGUUUGUGGUCUGUUGAUGGUGACUGAAGGAGGCGUCUUCAUGACAGAGCUUUUCGUCUGGCAGGCCAGCGGGAUCUCGCUCAUCAUCAUGGGCUUGGUAGAUAUUAUCCUCGUGCAGUACAUCUACGGCUGCGGCAACUUCCUGAAGCUUAUCCAGGAGGAGAUCGGUAUACACGUGCCCCUCCUUCUGCGUGGGUACUGGCGCCUCACCUGGCUCUUCCUCACGCCUCUCUGCCUCGCACUGCUUCUCGUCUUGUCAUGUUACUACGCGAUACCUAUCCAGUUCGGUUCCUACAUCUUCCCUGACAAAAUCCAAAUCCUGGGUUGGUUUAUCUGUGCCUCCUCUGUGGUCUGUCUACCCCUGGGCGCCAUCUACGUUGUGUGGAAGGGGGAAAAGAAGGGCAUGGAGCUCCUGAGGCCAACUCCGGAGUUUUGCCCACAACACACCAGGAAACUGCUUGGUAAGACGUAUUCCUCCUCCACCGCCACCAGCUCCAAGGAACAACGGGAAGGAGUGUUCAGAUAUACCUACGACAAUCAGGGUUUUCCCGAGCAUAAAGACGAGAUCAAACUGCGGGUGAUAGAGGCGGCGCCCCCCUUUACUCACCUAGCGACCACCAGCGAUUGAAGGAAGAUACGAUAUUCAACAGUGAACUGAACUCAAGUCUGAGGGCGAUAUUGUGGACCUUGUAAAACAGCUGUAGGCCUAUGGAGGUAGUGGAUAGACCUAGGAAGCUAUACAUAACUUUGCCAAUAAAAACCACUACGAACGGAAGACCAAUGAGAGCCAGUAUUGGAAUAGUAUCUACCAGUAUCUAAGUAGUAUCUCUAAAUAUAUCUACCAGUACAGUAUAUGUAUAAAACUGCUAUUGAUUAGUAUCUAAAUAUAUCUAAAAGUAUCUAAAUAGUUCAUAAUAGUAUAUAAAUAUUAUAUAACAAUUUCUAAAUGAUAUAUAAUAGUAUGUAUAUGUCACCUGUACUACAGUAGCUAAAACAACUAUCUGCGAAGCGUGUGGUCAAUAUGCUCCGAAAUUUGAAGUGUGACUAGUGACAGCC